CACCGCUCACCUACACACACCAACAUAACACGCAUACACCCACAUACACCCAACUCUCAUUCCAGCGCACAUCCCCUCCGGUAGUCUGACCGGAUGAGUUACCCGGUGGACACCAUAGGGAGCCCCUUCAGGAGAGCUAUGGAUACUAGGACGAGCAGCUACAGCCGCUCCGGCACCCCCUCCAGCGGCUUCCGCUCCCAGUCCUGGUCCAGGGCGAGCCCCGGCUCCAACGUGACUGCGUCUUACAAGAGGAGCGUGAACAUGCCGGUGUCCCGGGCAUACAGCUCCACGGUGCUCAGCUCCGCCGACAGCGUUGAUUACAACCAGACCUCCAUCCUGAACGGAGACUACAAGCGAUCUAACGAGAAAGAGCAACUCCAGGGGCUCAACGACCGCUUCGUUGUUUACAUUGACAAGGUGCAUUACCUGGAGCAGCAGAACAAGCAGAUCGAGGCAGAGAUCCAGGCGCUGCGGCAGAAGCAGGUGUCCCGCUCCCAGCUGGGAGACCUGUACGACCAGGAGCUGCAAGAGCUGCGCUCCGUGCUGGAGCAGAUCCACCAUGACAAGGCGCAGAUUCAGAUCGACACCGACCACAUCGAGGAGGACAUCCAUCGGCUCAGGGAUCGCUUCGACGAAGAGGCGCGCAUCCGGGAAGAGACCGAAGCUAUCAUCCGCGUCCUGAAGAAGGACAUGGGCGACUCGGAGUUAGUGAAGUCCGAGUUGGAGAAGAAAGUUCAGUCGCUGCAGGAUGAGAUCGCCUUCAUCCGCAACAACCACGAGGAAGAGGUGAGCGACCUCAUCGCGCAGAUCCAGGCUUCUCAGGUGACCGUGGAGAGGAAGGACCUGCAGAAGACAGACAUCACCGAGGCUCUGCGGGAGAUCCGCUGCGAGCUGGAGGGUCACUCCAACCAGAACCUGCAGCAAGUGGAGAACUGGUUCAUGUGCCGCUACUCCAAGCUCACCGAGGCUGCGGAGCAGAACAAGGACGCCAUCAAGUCCGCCCGAGACGAGAUCUCCGACUACCGCCGCCAGCUGCAGUCCAAGACCGUGGAGUUAGAGUCCGUGCGCGGGACGAGAGACUCACUGGAGCGGCAGCUGAACGACAUCGAGGACCGUCACAACAGCGACCUGGCCAGCCUGCAGGAGACGAUUCACCAGCUGGAUAAUGAGCUCAAGAGCACCAAGUGGGAGAUGGCUCGUCACCUGCGCGAGUACCAGGAUCUCCUCAAUGUCAAGAUGGCCCUGGACAUUGAGAUUGCUGCAUACAGGAAACUCCUCGAGGGUGAGGAAACCCACUUCAGCACUUUCCCUUAUCGCCAGACGAUCACUUCCGCCAAAAUCUCCAAACCCAAAUCAGAAACCCCCAAGCUGAAGGUGCAGCACAAGUUUGUGGAGGAGAUCAUCGAGGAGACCAGGGUGGAAGAUGACAAGUCCGACAUUGACGAGGCCCUGGCUGAGAUAGCACAGGAGCUGUCGGCCACACUCGGAGGAGGAGAGGACGAGGAGGACAAGGAGGGAGGAGAUGGUGAGGAAGCAGAGGCUGAGGAUGAAGAGGGUGAAGAAGAUGGAGGAGAGGAAGGACAGGAGGAGGAAGUUAUAAGCGCUACAGAAGCCAAAGUAAGCUCCAGCACACCCACUAAGGGGGAUGAGGAAGAAGAAGAUGAGGGAAAGGGUGGCGAUGAGGACGAAGAAGGAGAAGGUGGUGAGGAGGGACAGGAUGAAGAAGAAGGUGAAGAUGAGGGAGAAAAGGGGGAUGAUGCAGAGGGAGAAGGAGAAGAGGGAGCAGAGGAUGAAGAGGAGGUUGAGGAGACAGUUCUGUGCUCCAAAGCUCCCGAGUCUAAAGCCUCUCCCGACAAAGAGAAGGCUGGAGUAGAAGAUGAAGCAGCAGAGGAGGCUGGUGCUGAAGAUGAGGGUGAUGAGAAAGAGGAAAAGGAGGACGCAGAAAAAGACAAAAAGGAGGAAGAUAAGAAGGUAAAAGAUGAGAAAGCAGAUGACCAGUCAGAAAAAGAGGUAGCCAAGGCAGAAGCUCCAAAAAUGGAAGCUGCAAAACCUGAGGCCAAGAAGGAAGAAGCAACGAAACCUGAAUCCCUAAAGCCUGGAUCUCCCAAGUCUGAAUCCCCUAAACCCCAGUCUCCUAAAUCUGAGUCUCCCAAGCCUGCAUCUCCUAAAUCUGAGUCUCCCAAGGCAGGCUCACCGAAGGCCGGAUCUCCCAAACCUGGUUCCCCAAAAGUUCAGUCCCCCAAGUCUGAAUCCCCAAAAUCUGUGUCCCCAAAACCCCAGUCCCCAAAAGCUGAAUCUCCAAAAGCUGAAUCCCCAAAAGCUGAAUCUCCUAAAGCUGAAUCUCCUAAAGCUGAAUCUCCUAAAGCUGAAUCCCCAAAAGCUGAAUCACCAAAAGCUGAAUCCCCAAAGGCUGAAUCUCCUAAAGCUGAAUCCCCAAAAACUGAAUCCCCAAAAGCUGAAUCUCCUAAAGCUGAAUCCCCA